CAUUUUUUUCCCUCUCACUUGACUCUGGUUUCCGGACGCUGAGAAACAGCGCUGCCGCCGAAUUUAAAGAGACAGGCGAUAGUUAUUUUAAACACGAUAAACGGCAACCAUUGUCCCUGAGCUUUUUCCCCCUCCUCCGAUGCGUCUUAACUCCGCUCUUUCAAUUCGACGAUGUUUCGCCAAAGUCUCGUCGAGUAGCUGCUUGUCAGUCAUCUACCUCCACUCGCCUGGAUUUUCCGUCCGUUAGCGCCGUGUAGAGUGAGACUACCCGAGCCAGGCAAAGUAGGGCUGCUCUACUCGCUUGCUCGCGGGUGGCAGGCUGGCUCCCCGACCGAGAGGACGUUUUGUCGGCUAGCCAACCCGCCGAAGCGACACCGAAGCUUUGCUCCCAAGUUGGGCUCCUGCAGCCUCCCUUCGCCGGGCUCAUGGCGAAGAUCCAGGCGCACAGCACGGGGAAACAAAUCAACCAAAUUCAAGACAAGCCCUUCGUUAUAACACAAAAGCAAGUGCAGCAGCAGCACUUCCAGAAGCUGAAGGUUGAAGAUGCCUUGUCGUAUCUGGACCAGGUUAAAAUACGUUUUGCAAACGAUCCUGGAAUAUACAACAAGUUUCUGGACAUCAUGAAAGAGUUCAAAUCUCAAAGCAUUGACACUCCAGGGGUAAUAAACAGAGUGUCACAACUUUUCCAUGGCCACCCCGACUUAGUAUUGGGCUUCAAUGCCUUCCUCCCGCCUGGGUAUCGGAUAGAAGUCCCAAAGAAUGGAAUUGCCUUCCUUCAGUCACCGUUCUCCGCACAGGUGUCACCCGGUCAACAGGGGAAGAUUGUCACCGCCUCGCCCGUGACAUCGACUUCUGGUGCCGCAUCCGCCGCCACCUCUGAAGCUGGACCUGGCCACGCUGUUGAUGUAAAGCCAGCCUCAGCAGAGUCCCUAUCUUCCUCAACCUCUUCAGCCGGGCCCCUAGAAAAUCCCAGCCGACUGUCCCUUCCUUUGGCAAGUAGAGAGAGUCAGAAUCAGGCUGCAACCUCGUCAGUGUCCCCACCCGCCUCAGAGACUAGCCCGGUCGAGUUUGACAGUGCCAUUAGCUACGUGAACAAGAUCAAAAACCGUUUUCUGGACCACCCAGAGAUCUACAGAGCCUUCCUAGAGAUUCUUCACACAUAUCAGAAGGAGCAGCUGGAGGUGAAGGAGAGCCGGGGCAGUCGAGGUACCAGCGGGAUGACUGAAGAUGAGGUGUUUUCUAAAGUUGCCAGUCUUUUCAAAGGACAAGAGGACCUGCUGGCCGAGUUUGGCCAAUUCUUGCCUGACGCCAAGAGAUCACUGUUCACCGGAAACUCGUUGACGGGAACGAAAGAGCAGCUGAAGAGACCAGAUGAUGAUGACCUGAUAACCAAACAGAAUAAAAAGAGGCCCAGACCCAUACUCCUGCCCCACAUGUCUCCUCUACUUAAGAAAAAAAUGAAGUAUUCCUGUACCAAAGACCAGUCCAUUGCUUCAGUCGGCAAACAUGGAGUUUUGCGAGAAUUUUCCUUCUUUGAUAAGGUUCGCCGCUUGUUUAAAAGCCAGGAAGUGUAUGAGAACUUCCUGCGCUGCAUUGCCUUGUUCAACCAGGAGGUGGUAUCAGGAGCUGAGCUGCUCCAGUUAGUCACUCCUUUCCUGGGGAAGUUUCCUGAAGUGUACACACAGUUCAAGUCCUUUCUGGGAGACAAAGAGCUCUCUCAUGCCAUGUCGGGGCUGUCGGAUCGCUAUAUGGAGGGAGGAGGAGGCAGGGAGGUGGAUUAUGCCUCUUGCAAGCGCCUGGGUUCCAGCUACAGAGCGCUGCCCAAGACCUACCAGCAGCCUAAAUGCAGUGGGCGGACCGCCUUAUGCAAAGAGGUGUUAAAUGACACCUGGGUGUCAUUCCCCUCCUGGUCGGAGGAUUCCACAUUUGUCAGCUCUAAAAAGACUCCAUAUGAGGAGCAACUUCACCGCUGUGAGGAUGAAAGAUUUGAGUUGGAUGUGGUUCUAGAGACAAACCUGGCCACCAUCCGAGUGCUUGAAAGCGUCCAGAAGAAGCUGUCACGUCUCUCACCCGAAGACCAGGAUCGUUUCCGACUAGACGACUGCCUGGGUGGCACCUCAGAGGUCAUCCAGCGCCGCGCCGUGUAUCGUAUCUAUGGUGACAAAGCGCCCGAGAUCAUCGAGGGACUGAAGAGGAGUCCGGCCACGGCGGUGCCUGUGGUGCUAAAGAGGUUAAAAGCCAAGGAAGAGGAAUGGAGAGAGGCCCAGCAGGGGUUCAACAAGAUCUGGAGGGAGCAGUAUGAGAAGGCCUACCUCAAGUCCUUGGACCACCAAGGAGUCAACUUCAAACAGAACGACAUGAAGGCGCUACGCUCAAAGAGUCUCCUAAAUGAGAUAGAAAGUGUCUACGAUGAGCGACAGGAGCAGAGUACAGAGGAGGGAGGCGUUGGCCAGCAGGCUCGCAAUGGCUCCAGCUCGGCGUCGGCCAGCGAGCCUCACAUGGUGUUUACGUACGAGGACAAACAGGUCCUGGAGGACGCUGCCGCGCUCAUCAUUUACCACGUCAAACGCCAGCCCACCAUCCACAAAGACGACAAGGACCACAUCAAGCGCAUCAUCCAACACUUUGUCCCCGACCUCUUCUUCUCACGCCGUGGUGAGCUCAGCGACACUGAGGACUGGACUGAUGAGGAAGCAGAGACUGAGGAGGGAGGAGCGAGCGGCGCAGCGGCAGCAACGACCGCAUCAACGACGUCGUCGUCUUCGACGACAACUAACUCUUCUGAUGCGGCAGGAGCUGCAGCAACCAGUAGUCAGUCUCAAACUCAACAAGCUCAAGCCCCGGCUCAAAGCCAGCAGCAAUUAAACAAUGAAUCCAGGCGGAGGCGCUGCAGCCCGUCUCAACCACCAGACACAGAGGCCUCCGGAACUACUGGCAGUACCAUCCAAACUGCGGCUACGACCGCUUCCGUUCCUGGAUCCGCACCUAUGGAGGCCAGUUCAGCCGCACCUGCUGAAAAGGUUGACCUGCGUGACCCCGAAGCCGAGCACCAGAAGGAGAUGGACGACGUCUACAACCUGUUUUACGUCAACAACAACUGGUACUUCUUCCUGCGGCUACACCAGACUCUGUGCUCGCGCUUGCUGAGAGUAUACCGGCAGGCGGAGCGGCAACUGCUGGAACACCGUGCUGAGCAGAGCAGAGAGCGAUUGCUUGUGGCCGAAGGGAGGAGAGAAAAGGCAUGCGACCUUGCCAUGGAGCUGCGCCUCAAACAGCCAAGUGAGGUGGAAUUAGAAGAGUACUACCCAGCUUUCUUGGACAUGGUGCGCAGUCUGCUGGAUGGCAACCUUGAUUCCACUCAGUACGAGGACACAUUACGGGAGAUGUUCACCAUUCACGCUUAUAUUGGAUUCACCAUCGACAAGGUCAUCCAUAACAUCAUCCGGCAGCUCCAGCACCUUGUGAGCGACGAGGUGUGUCUGCAGGUGGUUGAUCUCUAUCUGGCUGAGAGGAAGAGAGGGGCCGCUGGGGGGAACUUAUCGUCUCAGUGCGUGCGAUCAGCCUGGGAGACAAGCUACCAGUGGAAAGCUGAGCGAGCCAUGGCUGAAGAGAAUUGUUUCAAGGUGAUGUUUAUUCAAAACAAGGGUCAUGUGACAAUGACAAUUGAGCUGCAGGACACUGAAGAGGCCCAGGCCGAUGACCCCUUGGAUGUUCAGUGCUUGUCCAGUUACAUGGAGCAAUUUGUUGGAACAGAGUCCAGUUUGUGCUCACAAGCAGAUGGCUACUUUUUCAAACCAGUGUUUCUUCCACGGAACCUGCGCCGUUUUCGGCGCUGGCAGGUGCGUCAGGUAGAGGCGAUGCGUUGCAGGCGAGAGUGGCAUCGGCAACUAGGCGUGGAGAAUGCCGGCAGCCUGGACUGUCGCUUCAAGCUCAACACUCACAAGAUGGUGUUUGUCAUGAACUCUGAAGACUACAUGUACCGCAGAGGAGCGCUGGUUAAGGCCAGGAAGUCUCAGCACCGAGUGGCGGCGAGCCAGCACGAGCGCUUGGCCAAGUGGCACCGGGGCUGGCGGGCAGAGCACGUGACGGCCUCGGCCGAGCGCAUAGUGCACAAGUGGCUGAUGGGAGAGGACGAGGAGGACAUGAUCCCCUGCAAGACCACCUGCCUGUCUACAGAGCUCAAGGGGCAGGCGGUCAACAGAUACCGGGUCCAUUACAGCGGUAGCAAAGCCCCCGCCUCGCCUUAAGAGGACAAACACACAGAGGUUACAUGCAUGGACAUCCAUACACUAAAUAAACAGUGCAGUACUUGUGUACAUUCACCCAUGUGUUCACUUCCUCAUGGAGAGGGAGAAUGAGGGAGAAAAACUCAUAAACUAGUUUGGACUCGGGGGGGGGGGAUUGGUUAUGAGAACCCCCUCCCCUUCAACCCACCUACCCACUCACAUCAUCAGCAGCAUCAUCUGGCACUAAAAGUCAACACGACUUAACCACAUCCUGGUAAUAGUUUCAGAAAUGUGAAUGUCUGUUUAAUUUUUCUUUACUUUUUUUCUUUUUAAAUGAAAGUCCAGUGUAGUUUUUAGCUUGUAUAGCCAGAUAGCCUUCUGCUUGUUGGUGGGUUUAAUGCGCAUUUCUACAAGAUCAUCGUAUAAACGCGUGUAUGUAUGUUUGUGUAUCCUGUACUUCAUUAUGACAAGUAUGUGCAUAUGUAUUUUUUCUAUAUACAGUAUGCAUUUACACCAUUUGAAGAUCAUAUGGUUCUUUACAGUGUUUGCUGUUGGCCAACUAUUGAUGUUUGCAUUAAUUUCAAACCCCCGCAAUCCCUUGCCCCUUUUUUUGUAUUGUAGCUAAACACAUUAUCAGCGGGGCAAAAAAGAAUCAAAGUUGAUUGGUUUAUUACUGAUGAAAUGUAUCAUAAUCUUGAUUUCACUGAAUGUUUUCUUUGUGUUGUCUGAAUUUCUUUUCCCUUUUUCGUUUUGCGUACUGACAUUGAAAAUAAAAAAUAUCAGUGUUAAAAUAGAAUGUAUAACAUUUAUCCUGUAUCAGUUAUCAUAAAAUAAACAACCUAGUUGUGACCUUCCUAGAUGUUGAUGGGAAAGUCUUGUCUCAAGCAUAAAGUAAUUUGAGCAAAGCCAACACAAAUCUUGAAUUUGGCUAUAUAUUGCAUUCAAUUUGCUACUGGAGAAGCAUGGUGGGGAG